AUGGACUCAAAUCAGGAUGAGAAUACGACAAAAGAUGAGAAACUCCUCCAACAAGAAUUAGAAAUGAAAGAGCUUACUUCUUACAUCAAUGAAGAAUGUGAAUAUGUUAAAGACUGUGAUGGGAAAACAAUGAAGGUUCUUUAUAUAGAUGGAGUAGCACACGAAUGUGUGUUCCGUAGCUCCAUACACAGUGAUGCCAGGACAUUUACAGCACAUGUUGAUGAUGUUUGGAUCAUGUCCUGGCCAAGAUCAGGCUCACACUGGGUCUGGGAGAUCAUUCAGCGACUGUUGCAUGGUAUUGACAGCUUCGUUGGACCCCUACAGAAAGAUCUCAGUGUUUUUGACCUCAAUACAGAUGGUAUAAAACAUUUUCCUCAGCCAAGAGUUAUAUCAAGUCAUCUUAGACGUGAGUUUGCUCCAGAAGACAUCUUCAAGAAGGGUUCUAAGGUGGUCUACCUCGUGAGGGAUCCAAGAGAUGCAAUGGUUUCAUGGUACAAGUUUAUACAGAGACAAGAUGCCUUUCAGUAUGAUGGAUCUAGGGAUGGUUUCCUUUCACUUUAUUUCCAAGACAAAGUACCAAGGGGCACAUGGGAAAAACAUACUAAAGGUUGGCUACAAGAAUCGAGGAACAACAAAAAUAUAUUCUUACUGAAUUAUGAAAACUUAAGACAUGAUCCACUGAAAUACAUCAGAGAGCUUGCAUCGUUUCUUAGACCAGGCACGACAUACAAUGAAACAGAAUUAAUGAGGCAUAAAGAGAAGACAGACCUUUGUACAAUGCAGCAAAAGAACUCUGCAUACGAGCAAUAUCACAAAAAGGGUGGACUUGGCUUGCAAUAUGAUAAAGGAAAAAUAGGAACAUGGAAAGACUGGUUUACAGUUGCACAAUUAGAAGACUACAAAAGACACUACCAUCAAUACAUGGAUGACGUGGAUAAUUCUGAUUUGGGAUACAUAGACAUGACACAUACCUGAAUCCAGGUGGACAGGUUUAGAUUAAAAGGAAUAUACAGGGUGGUCCAAAACAACACAUUUCCUCAUUUAUAACCGCAUGGGCGUUAAAUUGAAGGAACCUUUAGGGUUUAACCCAGUGUGUAAUAAUGUGAAAAUACUGAGAAGAACUUGGGUCCUUUUAUAAUCAUUAUGUAACAAUUAUUUGAUUCAGGAUGAAAAAUCUGUAUAGGAUUGUCCAUCAGUGACAGAUGAGUCUGUAUACAUGACUUUUUGGGAUCCAUGUUUUUGCACCACUCUCUCUCUAUAAAGCACUAUUCAUUUUACUUUUAUUUAUCACAACUAUCGAUUGAAGACAGGUAUCAGAAUAACAAAAAAUAUUCAGAAAUAUAAUGGUUUUUAUUAAAUAUAUUGAAUGAAAUUCCAUGUACCCUUUACAAUGCCACUGGAUAGUUUCAAUUAGGUUAUUACAGAUCGAAGUCCUCCUCUGCAUCAGGCGUCAAAC